GCCGAGGCUGGCGGGCGCGGGGAAAAUGGCGGCGGCGGCAGCGGCUGCGACAAACGGGGCCGGAGGGAGCAGCGGGAUGGAGGUGGAUGCUGCAGUAGUCCCUAGCGUGAUGGCCUCCGGCGUGACGGGCAGCGUUUCCGUCGCUCUUCAUCCCCUUGUCAUUCUCAACAUCUCAGACCACUGGAUCCGCAUGCGCUCCCAGGAGGGGCGUCCAGUACAGGUGAUUGGAGCUCUAAUUGGGAAACAGGAAGGCCGAAAUAUCGAGGUGAUGAACUCCUUUGAGCUGCUGUCCCACACUGUGGAAGAGAAGAUUAUCAUUGACAAGGAAUAUUAUUACACCAAGGAGGAGCAGUUUAAACAGGUAUUCAAGGAGCUGGAAUUUCUGGGUUGGUAUACCACAGGGGGGCCACCUGACCCCUCCGACAUCCACGUCCAUAAGCAGGUGUGUGAGAUAAUUGAGAGCCCCCUCUUUCUUAAAUUGAAUCCUAUGACCAAGCACACAGAUCUGCCUGUCAGUGUUUUUGAGUCUGUCAUCGAUAUAAUCAAUGGUGAGGCCACCAUGCUGUUUGCUGAGCUGACCUACACCCUGGCCACUGAGGAAGCUGAACGCAUUGGUGUAGACCAUGUGGCCCGAAUGACAGCAACAGGCAGUGGAGAGAACUCUACUGUGGCUGAACAUUUGAUAGCACAGCAUAGCGCCAUCAAGAUGCUGCACAGCCGUGUCAAGCUCAUCUUGGAAUAUGUCAAGGCCUCUGAAGCAGGAGAAGUCCCCUUCAACCACGAGAUCCUGCGGGAGGCCUAUGCUCUGUGUCACUGCCUUCCAGUGCUCAGCACAGACAAAUUCAAGACGGACUUUUAUGAUCAAUGCAACGAUGUGGGGCUCAUGGCCUACCUUGGUACCAUCACCAAAACUUGCAACACCAUGAACCAGUUUGUGAACAAAUUCAACGUCCUCUACGACCGACAAGGCAUCGGCAGGCGAAUGCGGGGGCUCUUCUUCUAACAAGGGUAUCUGAAGAGAUUGUGCACAUGGGUCAGACAAAUGUCCUGAGGGGGCCAGGCGCUAUACUCUUUAGAAACUGCUGUCAAUAAAAGGAGAGCAGCCCCUUAGCA